CCGCAGCUAUUUCGCCAUGCAAGACGUCUACACUCGUUGCCCGCUUAUCCACCCUAUAUCCCUCCUAUCCGAUCGAUAUCGACACCGCCGCUUUUGCGACGCUUUUGGAUGACUUGGUCGCUCCCACUGACGGCGCGUAAUUGAACCUGGUGAUGUCAGACUCCGUGGACCGAGUAUUUAGCCAUGCGCUCAACACGGUCAAUAAGAUCCGCACUGGAUCGCAGAAGCCGCCGUCGGCGACGCGAUUGAAGCUGUACGGACUGUAUAAGCAGGCCAUGGAGGGCGAUGUCGACGGCAUAAUGGAACGAUCCGAAGGAGGCGGCGAGGAAGCACACCGCGCAAGGGAGAAAUGGGAUGCAUGGAAGCAGCAGAACGGCCUCUCCCGAACCGAAGCCAAGCGCAGAUACAUCACCACCCUCAUCGACACCAUGCACAAAUACGCCUCCCCCUCGCCGGACUCCCGCGAACUCGUCGCCGAACUCGAAUUCGUCUGGGACCAAGUCAAAUCGAAUGUCCCCUCGUCUUCAUCCUCGUCGCCUCUACAAACAUUAAGCCAGAUGGGUCUACACAUGCCGCCCAACUAUCCACAGCUCGGCACGGGGAAAGGCAAGGCAAGGGCGGAUGUUGCGAUGGAUGACGACGGCCCGCUGCAGGUUAAGAGCCCCAUGUCACAGAGCGAGGAAGACCUAGAAGAAGAGGAGGCGGAAAUAGACCACGAAGAGUUUGUCGAUGCGCCAGACUCGCAAUACAACCCCACAUCCGAAGACGCAGGCGUGCAGACCGACCUCGCGCCCCAACCGCCCCUUCCUUCCAAAUCAAACGUUCUAACACCCAAACCUGCAUCCCCGUCCCCGUCCGCAGCAAAAGAAAACCCGGCAGACCAGAAAUGGCGAAAGCGCGUCGAGCAAGCCCUCGUGAAAAUGACCGCCGAGGUCGCCGCCCUCCGCGAACAGCUCGAAUCACGGCGCUUAUUCACUCACACUCGAAGGUACAGGUUCUUCCGCUUUCUGUGGCGGAUAGUGUGGGGAAGCUUAAAGCACAUCGCCGUCGAUGUCGUUAUCCUAGGUAUUAUACUGCUGUGGCUGCGGCGCAAGAAAGACCGCAGGCUGGAGGGCGCGGUGAGAGUGCUGCUUGGCGAUGCGGUCGCGGAAGUGCAGAGGGUGGGCGGAGCGCAGCUGGGGAAGGUUAAACUUCCUAGCCUGGGGGGAGGGAAGAAGAGCAGUCCGAAUUGAGCUGAACUGGACUAGACUGGCGUCUGGUGUGGGGAGGACGGAUGCUUUGUAUAUAGGAGCCGCUCGUUCAUGAGGUAUGACACGUUGUAUGAUUUGAAUCGCGGGAAUCUGUUUUUGUGUAGAUAUACGAAGUUUUAUCAUCGAGCGCGAAGGUCGACACUGGACAGGGCUUGUAGAUUCGAGUGUCGUGUGAGCCCAUCUGUCGCGCUGAAUAGUAAU